AUGCUUCGACAUCCACGCGAAUCUGAGCCUGAUACGAUAGCCUCCGAACUAGGCAACCUCCUUUCACCGCUAGUUAUCUUUCCAUGGGGACCGCUCGCAAUGCGCUACUUAGGUGUUCCUAUUGUCAUAGGUAAUGCUAUGAUCGCCGUCCGUGAUGAGGACUAUCAGCUGGCAUGUCAGAAGCUGAAGGACUCGGGAUUCUACGAAGUAACCCCUGACCGCUCGAUUCCGCCCGAGAUACUAGCAACGCUCCCAGAUCCAGAGCAGGCAAUUGAAGAGGUUGAGAGAGAGUACCGACGUCUAGACAACUCAACUAUCUCGUUCCAAUAUCCAAUCAAUCACUACCUAGCUGGGGAUAUACAGUUGACGGUGGCGCCAAACUCCUUCGCAAAUAUUCCGAUACCGGAUAUGAUAAGUGACGUGACGCAAAGCACAUUAUCUACUAAUGGCUACAACAUCAACGGCAAUAUUUGUCAACCACUUGAAGAGCCGUUAGUGGAAAGUUUUGUGAGAAGUAUUAUUGACGAUGAGAAUGAUGAUAAUGCUGAGUUCUCGGGGUGGGGAGACAGAUUGAGCACAUGGGUCGCUAUGAUGUGCGGAUAUCUUGAGGUUAAUAAUGAUAUCCUAGACAAAUGCUCGGAUGAGAGAGCAGUGAAAUGGUUCAGUGUGACCUACGGCCGGAUACACGAGGAAAAGUUCGGCCCGUUGGAUAGACGUAUCUCAAAGCGAUUGGGUUCUGGGAGAGAAAUGCCGGUGGAUAUGAGGGGCAACCCGUUGCCGAAGUAA